AUUACUGAUGUAGAGAUAAGAUUAAACUGUUAUAAAUAUAAUAAAGAAGUGUUUAUCAGUUAGUAGAAUAUUCGUGGUAAAGUCGUAUUGCUAUUGAAAUAAUGGCUGACCGCCCCUGUAACAUAAAUAAUGGCAUCCAGUAUCCUCACACACCUUCAUGGAGACCCAGACAGUGUGGUUGUUCCAAGAACUCCCCACAUACUAGUGCACAAUGUCCUGGAUGCGUCAAUCGCCCGAACAUUUGCUGGCCUCCACCACCUGGAUUCAGUAAUCCUUAUCCUGGGGGCGUAAACCUUCCUGCUUCUGCUCCUCCAUUUCCUCCAAAUGCUCCUGCUUUUCACGGUCCAAACUCUACAUUUUCACCAUCAACAUUUCCUGGGCAUUCAUAUCCACCCAAACAUGUAAUAUCUGCUAACCAUCCAAAGCUUGGAUUGGGCGCUAAACCUUAUUAUUGGGUGGACACCUUUGCUAGGGGCGCUGUUCCCACUACAGCCCUUCAUGCAGGUCAUGAUAUUGAUGGAACGCAAAUAUUCGUCGGAAGGGCGUUCCAUGAGGGUGAUUGGAUACCUGCUAAAGUUAUUCCGGAAAAGAAUGUCGCUUAUGUAGCUUAUGGAGGCGCUGAACAUCCAAAAGAUCGUUAUCAGGUUUUAUGUGAGCAAAGAUUUGACUGGGAACCAACAUCAGGAGGGCAGGUUCCACCAGGUGCAGUGGAAGGAGGCCGAACCUCAGACGGAGAAACCCUUUAUAUUGGAAGAGUGCACCAUGAUGGUGCUCUUACUGUUGGAAAGGUUCAUCCAAGUCAUGGAGUCUGCUACAUUCCAUUCGGUGGAAGGGAAAUUGGACAUGACUCUUACGAAAUUUUGGUCUUGAGAAACUAAAUGUUUCGGACUAAAACUUACAAAUUCGUUAACAAUUAUUGUCUUUUUGAAACCAUUGUUGUAGCUGUACUAAUAAUAAAUUUUAGUUUGGCGCUAUGAACCGACAAAGUGUAGUUGUGUUAUAAUGUGCAGUACUGUAACCAUGUAACCACACUGUGCAUGAUCUAGAAUUUAUUUUGCAUUAUAUAAAAUAAUUAAUAUAUUUUGUUUUGAAAUUA